AUGUUAGCAACAUCAUCUACUGAUCCGAGUUUAUUUAAAUUACGUUAUGUUUUCACAACACUUAUGGCAUGUGGCGUAUUUACUUCGCAACCAAUAGUAAUAAGUUGGCUUACUGGCAAUAUUGUUGGUCAAUAUAAACGCAAUGUAACUAUUGCAACAUUCUUUACUAUUGGUAAUAUUGGAAGUGUUGUUGGACUUCUAGUAUUCACAAAAGAUGCACCACCUGCAUUUACAACUGGAAUGAUAAUAUGCUUGAGCAUAUCGGUUUUUCAAUUUGUUUUAUGUGCUUUAAUGAAAUUUAAUUUGGAUUAUGAAAAUAAGAAGCGUGAUUUAGCCACAUUAGCCAAACAUAAUGUUCAUCUAAGUGAAAGUAAAUUAAGAGAUACUAAGUUGAUUAUGGUAAAGGCUGCGAAAUUGGUGGAAUAUGAACCAAAAUUCGAUGAAAUUUUGUGCGAUCGACAUCCUAAUUGGAGAUAG